AAGCUCUCUGCUUUUCCAACUCCAGCUUUGUCCUUACUCCUCUCUCUUUCCCUUCUCUGCUAAUUUCCACAAAAUCUCAUCUGAACCAUGCGCGAUCACUCUUAGGCCUCCACAUCUCCAUUUUCAGUGCCUCAUUCACCGUGUGAAUCUGUAAUUGACCCAUUUUUUCGCUUCGUUUUUCAUUGAUUUGUGUGGUUUUUCUUUCUCUAAUGCCGAUUGCAGAAGACAACGAGAGCUGCGGUAGUAGGUCCGCGCAGUCACCGCAGUCACAGACUCCUCGGCAGCAGAGGCAGAAGCAUGAGGUGUACAGCGAGGUGCUUCGUCGAAUCCAGGAAUUGAAUCGCGAGGAGGCGAACCUUCUGGGCUUCGAUGACCAGCUCUUUCUUCAUUUCAAUCGUCUCCCUGCUCGAUAUGCGUUGGAUGUGAACGUGGAGAGGGCAGAGGAUGUGCUCACUCAUAAGCGAUUACUGGAAUUGGCUGAAGAUCCUGCUAAUCGGCCUGCAUUCGAAGUUCGGCUUGUGCAGGUUUAUCCCAUUGCAAAUGGAAAUUCUGUUGAUUCUGUGUAUUCAGAUUCUUCAAUGAAAGAAGAUGCACAAAGUUCUUUUAAUAACCCUAGUAAACAGGGAAUCCAUCCACCGCCUACCUUUGGUUCAUCUCCCAAUCUUGAAGCACUUGCCCUUCAAGUGAAUGGAAAUUCUGUUGAAGAUGGAGGCAGUGCCAUGAGUGUGACGCCAUCCUUUCCUCGGCCUAUGCAUGAGAUCACAUUUGCAAUGGUUGACAAGCUAAAACUCCUUAACCAGUUAACCUUAUUACUUUCUGAGAUUGGACUGAACAUUCGAGAAGCUCAUGCCUUUUCCACUGUCGAUGGGUUCUCUCUGGAUGUCUUUGUUGUUGAUGGUUGGCCUUAUGAGGAAACUGAGGAGCUUAAGGGUGCAUUGGAAAAAGAAAUUUUGAUGUCUAAGGAGCAAUAUUGGUCGAAAGAGCUUUCGGUUUCUGCUGUUGGCAAGCAUAACCCAGCAAGGACUGAAACUGUUUCUAAUGCCAUAGAAAUACCGACUGAUGGGACUGAUGUCUGGGAAAUUGAUACCAGGCAGCUGACAAUUGGUGAAAAAGUUGGAUCCGGGUCAUUUGGUGAUCUGUAUAAAGGCACAUAUUUUAGUCAAGAAGUGGCUAUUAAAUUCCUCAAGCCAGAGCGUGUCAAUAAGGAGAUGCUGAAAGAGUUUUCCCAGGAAGUCUAUAUAAUGAGGAAAGUUCGUCACAAGAAUGUUGUGCAAUUCAUAGGUGCAUGUACGCAACCUCCAAACCUGUGUAUUGUGACUGAAUUUAUGUCUAAGGGAAGUGUUUACGAUUUUCUGCAUAAACAGAGGAGUUUAUUUAAGCUUCCAUCUCUACUCAAAGUAGCAAUUGAUAUUUCCAAGGGAAUGAAUUAUUUGCACCAAAAUAAUAUAAUCCACAGGGAUCUCAAGACUGCCAAUCUUCUGAUGGAUGAAAACGAAGUUGUAAAGGUUGCUGAUUUUGGGGUUGCCAGAGUGCAGACUCAGUCUGGGGUGAUGACUGCUGAAACUGGAACAUAUCGUUGGAUGGCUCCGGAGGUCAUUGAACAUAAAGCAUAUGAUCACAAGGCAGACAUUUUCAGCUUUGGAAUAGUACUUUGGGAGCUUCUAACCAGAGAACUCCCAUACUCCCGAUUAACCCCGUUACAAGCAGCUGUUGGUGUGGUGCAAAAGGGCUUACGGCCUACAAUCCCAAAAAACACUAACCCAAGACUUGCUGAACUGCUCGAGAGGUGCUGGCAGCAAGACGCGGCCCAAAGACCCGACUUCUUUGAAAUUUUAGAAGUCCUUCAAUGUAUAGCUGAUGAGGUCAGAAAUGAGGGAGUAGAUCGACGAAGGGAAAGAUCAUAUGGUGGCUUCUUUUCAGCCCUCAGAAGGGGCCAUCAUUAAAAAUCUGAGAUGAGUGAAUAUGGUAGUGCUCUAUGCAUAAUCGUACUGUGUAGGCCAUGUCUAGUCGGAUGCAAUUUGUAUUGCAUAGUAUUUUUUUUUCCCAAGAAUCAACCUGAUUAUAGUUUUUGUCUCGUAAAUUGGCAGUGUAUUUAUUGUUUCCAUUUAUGUUCUCUUUCAUACU